AAACCUCCAUCCAUCGCCACCUAUUCUUCCUUUUUCUAGUUUCUGCUUUCUUGUUAGUGUUAGGUUUCAAUCAUGGCUUUGACUACGAAACCUCACCAACUCCAGAGAUCUUUCCUCUAUUCCAACCACCGCGUCUCCACCCAACGCUACUCAGAAUCCGCGCCGUCAUGCCUUAGAUUCCGCCGCACAGGUGUGCAAUGCUCUGUGGUGACUAAGGAGUGUAGAGUGAAAGGACUGAAAGCCAGGCAGAUUAUUGAUAGCAGAGGGAAUCCUACGGUAGAGGUUGAUCUGGUCACCGAUGAUCUGUACCGUUCCGCCGUUCCUAGUGGUGCAUCUACCGGGAUCUACGAGGCUCUCGAGCUGAGAGAUGGAGAUAAGAGUGUUUACGGUGGUAAAGGUGUCUUACAGGCUAUUAAGAACAUCAACGAACUUGUGGCUCCGAAACUCAUCGGAGUUGACGUUAGGAACCAAGCUGAUGUUGAUGCUCUUAUGCUGGAACUGGAUGGGACCUUGAACAAGUCGAAACUCGGGGCAAAUGCUAUAUUAGGAGUAUCACUAAGCGUUUGCAGGGCAGGUGCUGGCGCCAAAGGAGUGCCUCUCUACAAACACAUCCAGGAACUAUCUGGAACAAAGGAGCUUGUCAUGCCGGUUCCUGCUUUUAAUGUCAUCAACGGAGGUAGUCACGCCGGGAACAGCUUGGCUAUGCAAGAGUUUAUGAUACUACCUGUAGGAGCAAGUUCAUUCUCUGAGGCCUUUCAGAUGGGAAGUGAAGUUUACCAUACGUUGAAAGGGAUAAUCAAAAGUAAGUAUGGUCAAGAUGCUUGUAACGUUGGUGAUGAAGGAGGGUUUGCUCCGAAUGUUCAAGAUAACAGGGAGGGACUUGUUCUGCUCAUAGAUGCAAUUGAAAAAGCUGGUUACACCGGAAAGAUCAAAAUAGGAAUGGAUGUAGCUGCGUCAGAGUUUUUCACGAAAGAUGGUAGAUACGAUUUGAACUUCAAGAAGCAGCCAAACGAUGGAGCUCAUGUGCUAUCAGCUGAGAGGCUUGCUGACCUCUACAGAGAGUUCAUCAAGGAUUUCCCGAUUGUAUCUAUCGAGGAUCCUUUUGACCAGGAUGAUUGGAGCUCAUGGGCUUCGUUGCAAUCCUCUGUUGAUAUCCAGCUCGUUGGUGAUGACUUGUUGGUCACUAACCCCAAGAGGAUCGCUGAAGCUAUCAAGAAAAAGUCUUGCAAUGCUCUAUUGUUGAAGGUGAACCAGAUUGGGACAGUGACGGAGUCAAUUCAAGCAGCACUUGACUCCAAAGCUGCAGGCUGGGGUGUGAUGGUUAGUCACAGGAGUGGAGAGACAGAGGAUAACUUCAUCGCAGAUCUUGCUGUUGGUUUGGCAAGUGGACAGAUCAAAACUGGUGCUCCUUGCCGAAGUGAACGCUUGUCAAAAUACAACCAGCUUCUCCGUAUCGAAGAGGAACUCGGCAACGUGCGUUACGCAGGGGAAGCUUUCAGAUCACCGUGAGAAGAUUUGAGAAAAGGCAUUCAUUGGCUUUUUGCUUAUGUAACAACCAAAUGAGCCCUGCUUUUGUAGCUUUCUUUUAAGUUUUCUUUAUGAAAAAAAACAAAUAAAACGAAACAGCUUUUCCACUCGGGAGUCUUUUGUUGUAAUGUGAUUGAUACUCAUGUUGACAUUUGAUUUUUCGGAUUAAUUGGAUAACCGGGAUAAACCGGAGCGUACCAUUAUCUUU